AUGACUAGCCCCGACCACAGAGGCCCUCCUCGUCGCCUCCUCGCUGCGUGCGCCUGGCCAGACGGGCUCGCGCUCCUGCGCCGGGUCCGGCUCCUCUCGCCCCGCGCCCGGCCCCUUCUGCCCGCGUCGCGCGGCUCCGGGCAGUCCGCCGCCUGCGCCUCUCCCGCGUCGAGCUCGCCUCCGCUGCUGGGUCCGGCUCCGCCCACCCUUGCACUUUGCCCGCCAGCCGCUCGCUGGCUCCGCGCCGGCUUCUGCCCACCGCGCCGGCUCCCGCCGACCCCGGACCAGUCCGCGCCGGCCGCCGCUGCCCCGGGCCGGCCUCUGUCCUGCCGCAACCCUGCGCCGGCCACUGCACGGCUCUGCCUCCUCUACCCGACGACCGGCUUCCCGCUCUGCUGUGCCGCCUCCGCCACCCGGCCUGCGGCCCGCUCCCGUGCCUCGUCCGGCUCCCCCGCUUGCGCCGGGUCGCCGGCCGCGCGCAUCCACCGCCGGCUCCCGCCCAGCUGCCGGCUUCAGCCGCGUCCGCCUCUUCCGUCCGGGUACAUGAGCGCCGACUGCGCCGCUCAGCCUUCCGUGACGACGCCUGCUGUGGCCGCCUGCUCGGCGCCUCCGCCCCGCGCCAGCUUCGGCGACGCCGCCCAGCAAGGUCCCCGCCGCCUCACCCACGCCCCGCGCCGGGCCCGCUUGCCGCUACGCCCCCGGCCGGCUCCCUCACUCGGCGUCCACGCCUCGCCUGGCCGCCUCCCCUCGGACUCGGCUCCCCCGCACGUUGGAUCCUCCGCUCCGGCUCCCACGCGCACCGGGUCCUCCUCGCGGCCGUCUUCUCCAACCCGGCCAACCUCAGCGCCCGCCGGCUUGCUGCUCCAACCAGCUGCCGGCUCCCCGCGCCGAGUCGCUGCGCCCGGUUCCCACCCCGCGGCCGGCUUCACCCGCGCCUGGCCGCCGGGUUACUGGCGCCCCCGUCUCCGGCUUCAUCCCGCUCCGGCCGGCUCGUCGCGCACCGGUUGCCGCCUCCCCGCAGCCGGCUCCGCCGGCCGACCUCCAGCACCCCGGCCGCGCCAGCGCCGACUCGCCCCUCGCCCGCGCCGCUCCACUUCGCGUGCCGUGCCAACUCCCCUACCGCGCCCCUGGCCGGCCGGGUAG